CGCAAUUUUCAAAACCAUCUACUGUUCAAGAUCUCGAGGUAUUUCCUACCAAAUUGUUUGAACAGCGCCGAUUCAAAAAAAAAAGACCAUUAACUCUAUUCAAAACUUUCAAUCGUCUCCAUCUCUCCAACAUCUCCAUGUCUCUCACCCUAGCCAAACGCCGCAUCCAACAACUCCCCAUCGACUGGAGCACCAACCACGACGCCAUCUUCAACUCCACCAUCCUCACCGACAUCCCCGCCGCCCUGGCCUCCUGGUCUUCCAAACGCAUCAUCCUCGUCUACAGCAAAACCCUCGACGCGCAAACCGCCCACAUCAAGACCCUCCUCACGGCCCUCGGCCCGCUCGUCGCGGGCACCAAAUCCGGCGUCGGCGCGCACUCCCCCUACGCCGACGUCAUCGCCAUCGCACGCCUGCUGUCCGCCACCAACGCCGACACCCUCAUCUGCAUCGGCUCCUCGUCCUACUCGGACGCGUGCAAGAACGCGGCGUCGCUGCACGCGACGCUGCCCGCCGGCUUCACGGCAGCCGACAUGGAAGCGCUCGUCGACAAAGACGCGGGCAUCACGGCGCCGAUGCGCAACCCGACGGUGAAGCUGAUCCUCGUGCCGACGAGCCUGAGCGCGAGCGAGUGGAACCCGAUUUCCAGCGCGACGAAUCCGGAGCGCAAGAAGCAGCAUUUCGGCACCUGGACCGGCGGCGCGGAUCUCCUGCUGCUGGACCCCGAGGUCGCGAGCACGGCGCCGCAGGUGCUGUGGCUGAGUUCCGGGGUAAGGGCGGUGGAUCAUUGCGUUGAGACAAUUUGUAAUCCGGAUUCGAACGAGGCGGCGAAUGGGCAUGCGGAGAGGGGGUUGCGGGAGCUGUUGAAGGGGUUGAGGGAGUAUAAGGAGGGGAAGGAGGGCGCGGAUCGGGGGGAAUUGCUGAAGGGAAUCUCGGAGUGUCAGGUUGGGGCAAGGGAGGCGAUGAUUGGGUUGCUGGUGUAUCGGAUUCCGAUGGGGCCGAGUCAUGCGAUUGGGCAUCAGUUGGGGAGUGUGGCGGGGGUCAUGCAUGGGGUUACGAGCUGUGUGAUGCUGGCACCGGUGUUGAGGUAUACGAACGGGAGGAACCCGAAGGGGCAGGAGAGGGUUUUGAGGGUGUUUAAUGAUGUACUAGGAUGGGAAGAGAAGGAGGCGGCAGAUGCGGUGGCGAAGUUUGUGAAGUUGGUGGGGCUGCCGGGGAGUUUGAAGGAGGUAGGGGUCACGGAGGAUAGUGAUGUUAGAUUGAUUGCAGAUAAGACGAUGACGGAUGCGUGGGGCGGGAAGAAGAGGCAGUUGGGGACGGUGGAGGAGGUCAUGGCUAUUUUGAAUAUGGCUAGAUGAGGGGGUUCGAACGUCGCGAAGUCUGACAGCACAUAAAGAAGCACAAAUAAUGGUAGACUCAGUAGUCAGCUAAACUCAUUCUCUUCUGCG